UACCACUCCUUCAGGCAUAAAAGAUAUAGAGAAAAAACAAACAUAAAAAGUUAUGUGCAAGGCUGAACUAGGUGUAGUACUUGAAGGCGAAAAAGGUAUUGGUGGAACCAAAGCAAACAUGUCACAAAUUGUUAACAAAGUUGGUGGUCCAAUCAAACCCUGUAUUGGUGGAACCAAAGCAAACAUGUCACAAUUUGUUAACAAAGUUGGUGGUCCAAUCAAACCUUGUUCCAAAAAGAAAACUACCAGUGGUUUUCUUGAAUUUUGUUCAUUUUGCAAGAUGAAGCUGUUACCCGAGCAAAACAUCUACAUGUACAGUGAUAGGCCAUUUUGUACCAGGGAGUGCAGGAGAAAGCAGAUAUUUAAGGAUGAAAAAGAAACUACAAAGAAAAAGCAAAGAAUGGCAGAUUCGAUAGUUUCAUCCUCUACGAAGAAUUCGAAGUCAUGCUUUAAUCCGAUGUUCUAUUUAGCCUUCUAGUGUUAUCCUUGCAAUAUUUUAUUUUGACUAUUGUGUCAUGUUCCUUUUUUUAUAUAUAUAUACCAGUGUUACAAGCGAAUUCGGGAUUUGAAC